AUGUGGUUUUUAUUAAAUAUAUUAUUUGAAUUAAUUCUUUAUUUAAUUAUUGAUAAUAUAACAAAAUUUGUUCUUAUUCAUAAUGAAAAUAGAAAUCGUUUUGAUAUUUUAAUAUAUGAAUGUAUGUUUCUUGGUUUUUGUAUUGGUUUUAUAUCAAUUUAUUCACAUAUAACAUAUGUACUCAUAUGUUUUCUUUUAAUUCAUAUUAUUGGAACACUUUAUACAGAAAAACAAUUUAAUUUAAUAAAAAAAGGAUUUCAAACAUUAAUUAAUAUCUCAAUUGAUAUAUGUCGAUUAAUAAUUAAUCGUUUAUAUAAUUUAAUUUUAAAAUAUUUCAUUCAUCGUUCACCAUCAAAAGUAUUAAUAACAAAGAAACUACCAGAAAAAUAUUUAUAUAAUUAUCAUUUAAAACCAACAGAUGCACUUCGACUUCAACAACCACAAACAUUACCAAGAUCCGGGCUCUCGAAUUUACAUGGAACAACAUAUGCAUUAAAUCCACUUCUACAAAGUUUAGCAUCACUUAAUAGUUUUUAUCCUUCAUUACAAAAGAAUAUAAAUUUAUCACGUUCUACUUAUGAUUCCAUCGUUCCAACUUUUAUUAAUCUUAUUUCUCAACUAAGAAAUAAUCAUCAUCUAUCAGAAUAUAAACAUUGGAAUACACUUAUUGAUACAUCAUCAUUUAUUUCCAAAUUAAAUACAAUCUAUCCACAGUUGCUAACAAAACAUACAACAAUAGAUAUAGGAGAAUUAUUUCAAUGUAUUAUUGAUGUGUUGAGUAAUGCUCUAUCAAAACAAUCGUCGAUUUGUUCGACAAAUGUAAUCGAACAAGUACAAAAUCGAAAAUUAACAACUCUUUCACUUGAUCAUCUAAAUAAAAUAUUUGUAGAAACUGAAGCACAACUUUAUAAUAAAAUAACAUUAGAUAAUCUUGAUGCACAAUCAUCCUAUAUAAUUCAAUAUAUUGAUCUUACAUGGUUACUUCAUCAUGUUCAACUUGAUUCAAUUAUCAAACAAACAUUUUCUGGACAAAUGCUUCAUGCAUAUUGUUGUAAUAAUUGUUCUCAUGUACGUUUUCGAACGGAACCAUUUCAAAUAUUAACACUACCGGUGAAUACAAGAGAUACAACAUUAGAACGAAUUAUUUCUCAAUUGACAAAAAUUGAAAUGACUGAUUCAAUUUCUUGUACGUACUGUUCUAGUCAAAGUCCUAAUAAUUACGAAAGGGAAUCAAAAUCAACUAAACAUGGAACACUUCUAACUAAAAUUGCAUCUACUCUAUCACCUAUGGUUACUACUAGUUCUCAAUCAUCCAGUCAAAUAUUAUCUUCAACAUCAAUACCUCCUCCUAUUACUAUCAUUCCAUCAAUAACCAAUCAUAAUCAUUCUCGAAUAAAAAGUCAAACGAUGAUUGCAAAUUUUCCUAAUAUUCUUUGUAUUAAAUUAAAACGUUUUUCCUCUGAUCGUCUUUCACAAAAUAUUACUAAAUUAAAAACAAAUAUUUUAAUCGAACCACAAAAAAUUCUUGAUUUAUCAAAUAUACAUUAUACCACAUGGCUUGGUUUAACAAAUUUCUCACUAAUAAAUUCUUCACGUUAUCAAUUAGUAGCUGCAUGUUUACAUUUAUCAAGAAAUUUUUCAUCACUAGAUGGACAUUAUGUUUGUUUAUAUCGUACAAAUAAUUCACAAUGGUUUUUAAGUGAUAAUGAACGUAUAACUGAAAUAAAUCAAAUUGACAAUAUUUUUCAAACACCAUAUGUUACUGAAAAUUGUUAUCUUUUAUUUUAUGAACGAUGUUUAUGA